AUCGAUAUGUCAUUUUCAUGCCUACUCAAAAAUCAGACAACACGAAUCUGAUGUUUUUGGUAAUACAUGGGAUGGAAAUCUUUUCAAAAAAUUAAAAAUAAAUUGCAGUGGAAAGUAGGACACGUCAGUUUUGUACAAAGGGUGACAGCUGCAAGCAAAAAAAACCCAUCUUUGGAAUUUUGGAAAUUGGCCCCAAAAACAAUAUAUAGAACCCAAAACAUGUCCGCAAGUACCUCAGAAGAGGUGAGAGAAACUGCUAGCAGCAGCAGCCGAGGCGACGGCGGCGACAAGCCCAACACCAAAGAAGAAGAAAAAAAAGAAGACAACUUACUCGAGUGCAACAUAUGCUUGGACACGGCUAAAGAUGCAGUUGUCAGUUUGUGUGGACACUUAUUUUGCUGGCCCUGCUUACAUCAAUGGCUCGAGACACGUCCGAAUCGUCAAGUGUGCCCCGUUUGCAAAGCGGCAAUAAGCCGAGACAAGGUGGUACCUCUUUACGGCAGAGGCAGUACCAAACAAGAAGAUCCUCGUGACAAGGUGCCACCGAGACCGGCCGGACAACGAACCGAACCUGAACCAGGCAAUAAUUUUUCUGGUUUUGGUUUUGGAGAUGGCGGUUUUCACAUGUCGUUCGGUAUAGGAGCGUUCCCGUUUGGAUUUUUCACUUCGACCUUUAAUUUUGGCGAACCUAGACCUAACGUGUCGCCACACGGUACUCCUCAAUACAUGGAAGAACAGUUUCUGUCUAAAGUUUUCUUAUGGCUAGCGAUGCUGUUUAUAGCCUGGCUAUUGUUGGCCUAGUAUCAGGAAUUAGAUGACUUUUAAGCAGGGGUUAAUGUGACUAUAUUUUUGAGUUAUUAUUGCUAUUGGUGUCUAUUUAUACAAAUGAGCACAUUUACCCUUAUAAUAAAAAAUCCCCUAUUGUUGUGUAAAUCCCCUAUUUUAAAUAAUAUACAAUAAUAUAGCUUUAUAGAAUAAUUAUUUGGUGUUUGGUGUCAUUUUUAGUUGUAUUUCGAUUAAAUAUUCACUAUAGUUGAGAUUAUUUUUUUCUUUUUCACAGAGCUACGGUACUACAUUCCAAAAGCUUAUAUUAUUCAAUGUUGUUGAGUGUUAUUCAAAUUAUUUAGUCUUUUAUUUUCAAACAAAUUGUUUGGACUCUGUAAUAAAAUGUUAAUAA